AUGUCUCAAGCUGGUGGCCGUGGACAUAUCUUCGGUCUCUACCGUCCACCCAGUGGCGACAACCAUGACAGACAUAUACAGCAUAUCAUCGACCAUACUAGCAGUCUCUUCCCUGAGACUAGCUAUCCCCUACCACAGACAUUUACCUCUGCUAGCGAUUAUUGCGACCAAGACAACCUCAAUGUUGGUCUAGACCACAUGACACGCGAUGGGGUUGAAUACAAUGGCCUGGAUGACUUUGAUCGCACAGUACUUGGCCAUCCACGAACUACGUACCACUCUCCGAGCACUAGAAACUUUCCCAGUAACGGCGCUAUUAAUGAACGGAUUUCUUUACCGUUGUACACUAGCUCUGACAGACCACGUCGCGUUUUAGAGGAUGCAAGUCAUUAUUUCAGACCCUUCGUGCCUAGAGAUCCUGAUCACCCAUCACAAUUCCAAAGUAUUCCCAAUUACCUUGGUGAUCGGCUUCCCGAGCUCAACCGUGCAUUUCCUAUUUGCGGUGCUCAAGAUCCUUCCUUAGAAUUCCCAUAUCAACUGUUAGCACGCAACCCUUUAGCCCAGGUUGCAAGAUCUCAGCACCUACCAUCCACCCAGUUAAUAUCAAAUCGGAACAGCACAAGAGAUGAAGAGAUCAGAUUCGGCCGACAGCUCUUUGCGCAGCCUUUAUAUGCUGAAAAGACCACGCCACCGAUACACUCCUCACUGUCAAGUAGCUCUCCCUCGCAAGCGGUGAACUCGAGUCCUUCAGUUCGCAUCAGCCAAGAGAAGCAAAAAUCGAUCUUCAAACGCAAUAGUGCUCUCCCAAAAUGGAACCAAAAGUUUCAGCUUGAUCUCGACCAUGCUUCCUACCCACCACCUAUUGUAAACAAUACCUUGUUGAUUGACCCACGGCAAUCGUUGCCUGACAAGUUCCGUGCAAUUUUCCCAUUCCAGCUGUUCAAUGUUGUACAGUCAAAGUGUUUCCCUCUGGUAUAUGGCACGAAUGACAACGUAGUUAUUUCAGCACCUACUGGCUCUGGUAAGACUGCAAUUCUGGAGAUGGCUAUCUGCAAGCUUGUGUCCACCCAAGGGGGAGGCAACUACAAGAUUAUCUAUCAAGCACCCACAAAGUCCUUAUGUUCCGAAAAGGCAAGGGACUGGCAGGCGAAGUUCAGUCAUAUGAACCUACACUGUGUUGAGCUUACUGGAGAUACUUCUCAGGCUGAGGCUCGCCGCAUUGGUAGUGCAUCCAUAAUCGUUACUACGCCUGAAAAGUGGGAUUCAAUCACAAGAAAAUGGAAAGAUCAUAUGAGACUACUAGAACUCGUCCGACUUGUGCUUAUCGACGAAGUUCACAUUCUAAAGGACACUCGAGGCGCGACCCUCGAAGCAGUAGUCUCCAGAAUGAAGACCAUCGGGGCUAGCAUUCGCUUUGUUGCUAUCAGUGCAACAGUUCCAAACAUCAAAGACAUCGCUAUAUGGCUUGGCCGCGAUCAUGAGAACCAGCAUGAACCAGCAAGACACGAAGUUUUCGGAGAAGAAUUGCGACCGGUCAAACUGCAGAGGCAUGUGUAUGGUUAUGAUGGCGCGCCCAACGACUUCAUUUUUGAAAAGUCGCUUGAUGGAAAGCUAAAUCUCCUGAUAGCAAAGCACUCUAAAGGAAAGCCGAUUAUGGUGUUCUGUUUCACAAGAAAGUCUUGUGAGCGUACAGCCCAGUCUCUAGCGGAAUGGUGGUCAACAUGUCGUAAUGAUGACCGGCCAUGGCCACCACCAAAUCACCGCAUUCCUGUGAUAUCACAGGAUUUACAAGAGCUCACUCGCUAUGGAGUCGCAUUUCAUCACGCAGGUCUGGAAGCUAGUGACAGAGCUGCGAUCGAAAGGGAAUUUCUUAACGGUCAGUUACAUCUUAUAUGCUGUACAUCUACUCUCGCCGUUGGAGUCAACUUGCCUUGUCACACUGUCGUUCUCAAAGGCACUAACCAUUACACUGAUGAUGGGCCACAAGAAUACUCAGACUUGGAAGUCAUACAGAUGUUGGGACGUGCAGGCCGUCCACAAUUUGAUAGUCGAGCUAUUGCGAUUAUCAUGACGAGGACAGGAAACGUCCAAAGGUACGAGAAACUAGUUUCCGGCGAGGAGCUUCUAGAAAGCACGUUACAUCAAAAUUUAUUAGAGCACUUAAACUCUGAGAUCGGGCUUGGGACAAUCCAAGACAUUCAGACUGCGAAGAAGUGGAUCGGCGGCACAUUUCUCAGUGUGCGAGUACGGCAAUCGCCUUCUUUAUAUAACCUUCAAGGUGUCCAAAGCGCUGCUGGCGCGGAUGAACAAAUGGAGGAGUGGUGUGAGCGAGACGUCAAACUUCUGCAAGAUAAUGGGCUCGUGACUCAGCAGAUACCACUCAAGUGCACUGAGUAUGGUCAAGCUAUGUCUAGAUACAUGAUUAAGUUCGAUACCAUGAGGCUUCUACUUUCGAUUCCUCGAGCUGCUGGCGUUGGAGAAAUGCUCACUAUCAUCUGCAAGGAUAUGGAGUUCAAAGAUUUCAAAUUCAAGCCAACUGAGAGAGCUGUUUUUCGGGAACUCAACAAGUCGCCUCUUAUUCUCCAUCAAAUAAAGGAAACAUUGUCCCUCACUUGGCAUAAGAUCUUCAUGAUUGUCCAAAUCUAUCUUGGAGGGGUCGAUCUGCCAACAGAUAAGGAUACCAACUUCAUCCGCCAAGAUUUGCUUAGAGAACGACGAAUGGUAUUUGAUCGCCUAAAGCGGCUCGUACGUUGCGUGAUCGACUGCAAAGCAUACGAAGGCGACGGAUUAGGAACUCAGGCCGCACUCGAACUCCAUCGAUCUAUAGAGGCCCAGGCCUGGGAAAACAAGCCGGCGCAGCUAUCUCAGAUUCCAGGUUUUGGACCAGUAGCUGUGCGAAAAUGGGUUAGCUUCGGGGUUCGUACAGUUUUAGAAGUGGCAGACAAAGAUAUCCAUGAUAUCGAGCGAAUUGCUAGCAGAAAUCCUCCGUACGGCCGAAAUGUACAGAAAAUACUGGAAAAGUUUCCUCGCCUUACAUUGAAGGCUGAUUUAGUAGAAUCUACAGCACCACGUCUCGAGUCAAACGAAUCUAUAUCGGUCACUGUCAAAGCACACUUGGGGCACCGCAACACUAAGACAGCACCGUAUUGGAAGGAUAGGAUUCCCCCGUUGACCUUCAUCGCACUAACAUCAGACGGAACUCUUGCAUAUUUCUGGCGCGGGAGUGCGAAGAAGCUCGAGAAAUCAAGCGGUUUAGACAUAAAGUUCCCUGUUGCUCUCACAGCGCCGAAUCAGAAAAUAUUCUGUCACUUUAGCUGUGAAAGUGUCGUAGGAACGCAGGUAACGGUCAAUUUGGAGCCCAAGGUUCCUGCCUCCGUUUUCCGGAAGAUCCGCAAACAAGAAGUCCAUCCCACUGCUUCAACUAAUGUACCGCAUAUCGAAGAGGACUAUGAGGAUAUUUCUGACGAGGCUAUGCUUGAAGCUCUCAAUUCGCCAAGAAUUCACGAUCUUGAACUAAACCUAAAGUCACCAGAAUUUCUGGACAAAGGGGAAGAGGACUUCCCACUCAUUGACGAGAUCCUGUCAGAAGAAGUUGCUCUGACUGGAAUGACUGGACUACCUGAUGCCCCUCUGGCGAAAAUGGAUAAUGGCAGAUACCUUUGCAAUCACCACUGCCGCAAUGGUGGUCUUACCAAGCUAGGGAAACCGUGCAAUCACAAAUGCUGUCAACAAGGGGUUGAAAAAUAUCGACCGCCCAAAUUAUCGAAAGUGUCAGGCAACUUGGGCGGCUCAUGUGAGAAUAGGCGCGCUGAUCACUGUGAGGGUGGGAAGAAGGCAAACUCAACUUUGCUCAUGACGCCUCAUGAUCCGAAAACUGCUCGCACUAGGCGCAAGGGCCAAGAUCACCCUGGAAAGACACCGAGAACUAAGAAACGCUCGCUGGAUGGUGCUCACAUACCUCGGAGAGCCAAGCUAGCUCGCGUCGAUUCUUCAUCCAGCUUUUCAAACAUUGAGUUUAUCGAUCUCUGCGACUCGAGUGACAACAGUAGUACAUCAACGAGAAAACCACCUUCUCUAAGUAGAACUCGGAAGCAGCGGUAUAAAUUGCUACAUCUCCACGAGAAUGUUAAGAGUGAUGGAAUACUUUCGCCACGCCUAACCAAAAGCCACAAAGCACAGCCUUCCCCUGGGAGCGGUAGUGUACAGGGUUGUUUAGGUGAUGAUGGGAGAUCCCUCACUACUAUAGAUGUGGACAAAGCUGCCAUACCUGCCGGGGAUGAGCCUUUGGGUGAUACUUAUGACGAUGAUGAUAUGUCUGAUCUGCCAGGUCUGGACGAGCUCCUUGGCGGUGGAAAAGUCACUGAAGUACCUGAAAUGAGUGAAAAUGCAUCGCCACGAAUGGCCUGGGCGAAUGAUGAGACAUUAUAUCCUGGUGUAGUACACAGCCUGAAGGAAAGUAUGGAGUAUGGUUAG